AUGUCAUUGCAUAGUCCCCCAAAAUCACCAAAAUCGUUUCAAAAACAUGAUUCCAAUCUAUCAAAUUUUUAUGAACAAAGUUUAAAUGCAAUUAGAAUUAGAAUUGAUAAUUUACCACCAGGUAAAACAUGGAAACAAAUAAAAUAUCUUAUAGGAGGUAUUAUAAAUCAUAAUAAUAUUAUACAAGUUAAAGUUCUCCCACCUAUCACUUCAUUAAUACCACCUUUUGUUACUUUACAAAGUUGUAUAAUAUUAUUAAAACAAGAUUUAAGUCAAGAGGAUUUAAAUAAUUUAUUAAUGACUAUAAAUUCUUAUCAGUGGGAUUUCCAUGAUUUAUUUUCUUAUAUCAUUCCAAAUCAACAUUUUCCUACCUCAGGUCCCGUGCCUUCAGGUUAUCCAAUGCCUUAUCAUCCUGCAAUGUCUAUGGGUUCGCCUAUUAUGGGCUCUCCACCUCAUCAGCAGUAUCCCCAACUACCUUUCCCAUCAUCAUCAUCAUCGUCACAAAACAUGAAAACACCUCUUCAGCUUUUACCAUUAUCACCACCUUUGAGACCAGAUCAACAGCAACAACAGCAACAGCAAUCGCAAUCGCAACAUCCUCUAUUGCCUGCAUUUCCUCUAGUACCUGGAGUACAACCGCCGAUCAUGAACAAGAAUAAAGGUAAUAAUGCUAAUAUUAGCAAUGGUAAUAACAGAAAUAAUGGGAUCUUCAUUCCGGGUGUAAGUCCAUCAGAUGAUAAUGGUAAUCCGAUGUAUCCUAUGGCUUAUCCAACGUCAUUCCCACCGAGAAGACAAUUAUACCAUCAGCCGGCUCUUGGGAACAAAUAUAUUCCAUCGCAUGGUCAUGUAUUGCAAAGUCAAUAUAAAGAUCACGAACAGGAACUAUAUAAUAGUAUGAAUAUGUUUCAUAUGUCACCACGCUCAUCAAUCUCCUCAGACCACGAUAAUAUUGCUUAUUUAACAGGUAAAAAAGGUCUGAAUCCUUUCAAACAACCCAAAAAUUUAAAGAGUAUCUUUAAUGAAACAAAUUUUAGGAAGCAAAUGACAGAGAGAAAGAUGUAUCAAUUGAAAUUAAAAAAUUUCCCACCUUAUUUGGUCUCUGAUACUUUGAGACCAUUAAAGGAUAAAGACGAACAUAUCGAUUUAGAAACUAAUUACCUAGAGAAAUAUGGGAAAUUACGUUGGACGGUACUUAAAGAUUUUGUUAAAUUGAAAUGCCCUACUUUAUUGUUAUUACAGGAUUCGGAAGAUUCAGAUUUCUCAUUAGAUAAUACUAGAGAAUUCUAUGUCGGUGUAUAUGAGGAUAUGGACAAGCAGAUAAAUGUUAAAAUAGAUGGUGAUUUGUAUCAAGUCGAUGCAGUAUAUUUCAAUGCGAUCAUAGGGUUUAAGGAUAAAGAAUUGAGUACUCUAUGUUACGAAUCUCUGAAAGAUGAAGAGUAUGCAUUAAAUUACAAACUUGACGUAACAAUUAUCGAACCACUUGAAUCCGAAGAAAAGGAUUCAAUAGAAACUCCAAGUUCGAGAGAGACCAAUGAAGAUAUACCAGAAGGUAACACAAAUAUUGAAGAAAAAUGA